UAGCGUAAGCAUAUAUUAUACAGAAGUCUUUAGAAUGAAAUGAGGAAACGGGGGUGUGUCUAUUCGAAGAAACUGUAAAGAAAUACUCCUCCGUGUCAUUUACUGCCAGAGCAACUGUGUCUGUUACGUCAACGACCGAUACUAUUCUGAUAAGACAUUUUACCUUUGCGGUUAUGUCUUAUAAUUUAGGUUAAAGUUAGAUUGCUGUUUUUUAAUUUUGUUUUAUCUAAGAAUAAGUCUAUCUAAUUGUUAUUUCGGUUUCCUAAAUUUCGUGGAUUUGUAUUUGAAACGGCAUGAUGUUGGCUUUUUGUGGUUCAUUGAUAUUCCUAAUGGUUUUGGUCACAGCGGCUUCCGCACUGGUUCCGCCUCCAGAAAAUGUGACAGUGAACUGCAACAACUUACAGACAACUGUUGAUUGGGACCACAGUGAACGGCUUCGUCAACCUCUCUUCAAAUUGAAAAUAACUGGUGAUCACAGUUCGUGGGAGAAUUCCACUAAACAGCAUCAUUAUGACCUCUCCCCGUUGAUGUGGAAUGCUAAAGAACUGGAUCGUUACUUUGUGAAGAUAACGGCCAUUGAUGAAACGGAGGAAUCAGCAUCUCAGAAGUCCUCGAUAUUCACAUUUAAUAGAUACCUUACAGCUGACAUCCACUGCAAGUUGGAUUUCCCUGCUGUAUACGUGUCAAUGAAGAAUAUGGCGGUCACAGUGCGCUUCGGCAACCCUUACCACCUGUACACAGAACUGAAAGAGUCUCGCAUGGGUGACGAUGACAAACGCUCCCUUUACCAAGUAACCUAUGAAAAUACUAAUCACACAUUUGAGUGCCAGAUAGAAAACAAAGUCUGUGGUUAUCACUUCACAAUCCUGGAGAAGAAGGUGAAGUACUGUGUUAGUCUGGAGGGGGAUGCAAUGGGCCACAGAGUUAUGUUCAACAGAAAAGGGCCCAUCUGUGGCUAUGAAGACAAAACAAUUUCACUGGAAUCAUCUUUGCCCUGGCUUUUGGCAUUGAUCAUCAUUGGCAUUGUGGCCUUUGUAGUCUUUGUGACAAUACGGCUCUGCAAGAGAAGCAUGCGGAGAAGAAACUUGUCCAAUUUUCCAAAGACUUUGGCUUCAAUCUUAUCGAACCCACAUGACAAGAAUAUAAUGGACCUGCAAUAUGAGAUCAUAGCGCACAUCAGUGGCAUAGAACCAGUUACCACCACAUCCCAGAGCCUGUUGGAAACUUCAGAAGAGGAACCGGUUGAGAGUCCGACCACUAGUGUUGGAUUUUCGGCUAACCUCUAUAGUUCUGGGCAGGUGGGGGAGGGCUUAUCGGACAGCAGAAGCCAAUUACGGACUGAGCUUCAGGUGACACAGCCACGCUCUGUGCUGCUGUGUGGAGAUGACUCAGAGGAAUCAGACUCAAUGACAUUGGAGGAGGAGGACAUGGAUUCCACAGCUUCUGGCUAUGACAGACAACACAUCCCUCAACCAGAGGUGGAGGUGGAGAUGAGUGCAGGAGAUGUAGUGUUGGGCUAUGGCCCCACCUGAGCACCUCUGAACUCAAGCCUCUGUAAAAAAAAAAAAAAACACCUUUCACAGGAUGGAUUAAGAACAAUGACAUUUGACUUCACAGAACUGGUUUACCUAGGUACACUGAUACACUGUCAUGCCUUACUGAUUUUCAAUCAUGUCCUCAUUGGUGUAGCUCUACAUUCAAAGACUCAAUCAUGGACACACUUACUGAGUUGUGGCUGCUUUGCGUGAUGUAUUGUCUCUACCUCCUUGCCCUUUGUGCUAUUGUCUGUGCCCAAUAAUGUCUGUGUAAUGUUUUUCUGCUGCCAUGUUGUGUUGCUACCAUGCUGUUUUCAUGUGUUGUUGCUAUGUUGUCGUCUUAGGUCUCUCUUUAUGUAGCGUUGCGGUGUCUCUCUUGUCGUGAUGUGAGUUUUGUCCUAUAUUUUUAUUUUAUUUUGUAUUUUUAAUCCCAGCCCCCGUCCCUGCAGGAGGCCUUUUGCCUUUUGGUAGGUCGUCAUUGUAAAUAAGAAUUUGUUCUUAACUGACUUGCCUAGUUGAAGGUUAAAUUUUUUAAAAAUUAAGUAGCAAAAUGUUUAUGAAUUUUUGUACAUUUUCUUUUAUUUAAACUUUUUUUAACAAGGCAAACCCUAACCUGGACGAUGCUGGGCCAAUUGUGCGCCACCCAAGGGGACUCCCAAUCACAUCCGGUUGUGAUACAGCCUGGAAUCUAGCACUGAGAUGCAGUGCCAUAGACCGCUGUGCCACUCGGGAUGACUCAGAGAACAGUCAGUGACAAAGUGCUCAAAGCCUCCAAGAUGGCAGGCCAUACAGACACCUGUACCACCCUUUCCACCUGAGCCAUUUAAGGACAAUAGGGAUCUCUGACAA